GAUGAAUGAAUGAUCCAAAAAAAAAACAAGAAUGGUACUAUUUAGUAAUAAAAUUCGAACAAAGCUUACGUUUUGCAGAGUCUUAUCUUAUCUACAGCAUUAUUUGCUAGUGGAUGAUGUAAUAAAGUGAUAAAUGAUAUCAAAUAAAAAGCAUAUCUCGGAUGAAAGAGUUUAAGUGUAGAGAUAGAUCGCAAUACUCAAGUUUUAUUUAGCGCAAUGCAAGCGUCGAUUCGGCUGAAUGGACAGGAAUGUAUCACCUUGCAAGAUGACAUAUAUGUUUGUGUGAAAUAUAUCAAAGCGAUGUGCACAUGCAUAUGAUACAGUGGGAAAAUAUACAAUUUACUUAGACAAGUGUUAUUUGAAUGUCACCUUGCGUAUGGUAUUUAUUCAAUACAUUUCUACAGUUUAUUACCUUAUUUCAACAAUCUUAAUACGUUUCAAUGGAUCUAAGAACGACAAAAUCAACAAUUUUCAUGUUGUCUCUGAAUUAACAGAGAAAUUAUCUAAUUUUCAAAAUUUUUCUAAGAAAAAAACUCAUCGAACAAUCAUCAACAUUUAAUAUUUUAAGCAUAAAUGAUAUUAUACAUUCUUUAUUGCCAAGGUCAAUAUUAUGCAGAUGACUCAAGAGUCUCCUGAUGGAACAAAAUUUUCCUUUACCACCUGCUGUAAGGAUAUCAAUGUGGAAAGAGAGCGAGCGUAAAUAAUACCCAACAGACAGGGUGGCUUUGGCUCUACUCUGAAGCAGAACAAACUAUCAACAACAAAAGCGAGAAAAGGAGAAAGAACAAGUAUCGUUGGACGCCCCCGCUUGUUUGACAGUGUAGGAGGGUAGACGGCCGUGCUUGGUAGUCGACAAUCGGUCGCGUAUAACACUUGUGUCCCCCUCCGAGUUGUACCGGACGUGGGCUGGUCGCAGGAGUAAGACGAACGUGCUACGAGAGGUUCAAUUCUAUGCGCCUCUUCAGUCUUCGCCUGGCUCUGGAGUAAGUAGAGUCUGAUUUUUUAUCAGUUCUGUUUUUAUUUAUAUCAACAUUAUCUCCAAGUGAUUAAAAAAUAUCAUCAAUGGAAUAUUAUCAUUGUUUACAUAAAAUUUUAUAUUUUUAGUUGUUUAUGGUGAACAUUAAUUACUUUGGAGUUUAUUGCAAAAAAGUGAAGUGUUCAGUGACUAUUGGUGACUCGAUUGCUGUUUCGAAAGACUUGGACUUUUGCACAAAUUACGUGCGUAAUUCCAGAUACCUUUGACUCAUUUUCUAUUUGAUUCGCAUCCGUCAGAUUUAAUAUUCAAGAAAUUGAUAUCAAAAAAAUUCAUUCUAUAAUAAAUUAGCGACAAAUUAUAUCUUUGAUUAAAAUGCUCCAAUUAAGUGGAAGUUUAUCGAAAGAUAAUUAAUAAUCUCUAACGUUCUGGAACAACCAAGUAAAAGAAGAGAUAACGAGGAUGCUAAAACACGUGUCUAUAUCACCAUGGAGAGGGAGAUCUGACAGUGUGUCUCUUUCCUCUAGCAAUGGAGAUACCAGCAGUUGCGGAAGCGGAAGCCCAACCCCUAGUCACACUCCACCACCCUCACGAGCCUCUUCUUGUGCAUCUCUAGCACUCACUGCUCUCUCUUCAUUUUCACCCGCAGACACAGCACCACAACAGACAACGAUAAAAGUAUAUGCGAAUUGUUUACGACCGGACAUCGAAUAUAAAACCUUAUCAAUAACGUAUGAGACAACAUGUCGAGAAGUUGUACAAAAUUUGCUAAAUAAAUACCGCAUGAGACAUCGAGAUCCAAGAUUAUUUUACAUGACAAUGGAAGUCACUGUUAGAAGAGCCAAUGUACGAACCAUUAUACCAUUAGAUGAAGACGCCAGACCUGCUGUUUUACAGUCUUGUCAUCCUCGAGGUGAUUCAAGGUUUUCAUUACAAACAAGGCGCGGUGGUUUAGUUAAAAUUUAUGACAGCGCGUUAAUGUCGGGAUCGAAAUAUAAAAGCCUACUAAUCUCCGAGAGAACGACAGUGGACGAACUAAUUCAAAUGCUUUUGAAUUGUUACAAUUCCACUGAACGAGUUGAACAAUUUUCACUGUAUGAAGUGUGCGAAAGUGAAGAGUAUCAGAGGAAAUUACAUCCCGAUGAUUCGCCACUUAAAGUCACUCAGAAGUGGACGAGCAUCGAUCGACACCUUCGCAUUAGGAGAAAUCCAGACUACAACCCACAUAGGAGAAAGAGUAUGUGGGCAUCCGACACGACAAUAAGUGUUGCAUUAUCUCGGCUUCAUCUUCAUCAACAGAACCACAAGAUGUAUCAUCUAUCGCAGCAGAGUUUGAAUGAUCAGACAAAAUCUAAUAAUGACUGUACUUCUAUCAAUGCUCAUUGCUUACUGCUUCGACAACGUGGGAAGAGUAAAGUUAAUAAUAAUAAACACAGUCAUAAUCAUAAUCAUCAAAGUCAGACUGAAAAAAAUGCAAGUUCGUCGUCAAGUCAGGAUUCCCGAAAUUUAAGGGCUUCUAAUUUGUCCAAUGUAUUGCCUCAGAGCUUACCAUCAACACCAAUAAGUCCUAAGCAUUCACCGUCAUCUGGCUUCACGAAUUAUGAAAAUUAUCUUUUUAUUUAAAAAACAGUCUCUUUUGUAAAUUUUAGGCUUCUAUAAAAGCUAUUUUCGUUGUAAAUAUCAAACUAUUCAGUCCAUUUCACCAUCGAAGUUUGUGUGCAUAGAAUAGAUCUAUUAUAUAUCUAUAACAUAGUGAAGCUAAAUGAUUAAUUAAGACUUAUAGACUUAAUUGGUGACCAAUGGACUAAUCUGAUCUGUUUUUGAAAGAGAAAAGCUAGGAGAAAAACUCCGAAACAAUUUUUAAUGUUAUUUUUUUUAAAAGUACGUAAUACUGCUAAUUAAAAUAUUUGAAAGAGUUUAAUAAUAAUGCACAAUAAAAGUAGAAAAAAAAAUAUUCUAGCUUUUUUAAAUAAUUUAUCAAAGAUGUAAAUGCAAAAUUUUACUGAUAAAAUGUACACACUUAAGUUUAACUGAGUAUUUUGUAAAAAAAAAAAUUAUGUUAACAAAAAGAUAGAGAAAUUGAUCCAGUAUUUGUUUAGAUCGCUAUUAAUGUAUUACUGAUUAUUAUGACCACUUAGGUCGUAAUAAAUUUAAUAUACCAAGUCAAUACAAAGAAAAAACUAUGUCGUUAGAUAAUAAGCUAAACAAUUGUACCAAAGGUAAUUUCAUUUUUUUUUUUUAAUGAGUUCUGCGCAUAGACUAAUCACUAUAAACAUUUGAAGAAUUAAGCGAUUUUGUUUAUCACAUAUUUCUAAGAUUUAUAAAGUUAUCGCUUUUGUUGUAUAUAAAAUUCAUUUGUUAAUUUAUUAAUAUUGGUAUUGUUUUCAUUUUUUAUGUUGUAAUUAAAUUUACCAAUAAAUCGAUUUAAUAAUUAAAAAUGAAUCAAUCCAGUGGAGAAUAAAUAAGAAAAUUGAUUGAUACAAGCUUUCAAAAAGAGUUACGAUAAAAAUAUGAAUAAAUAUAGCUAAAUUUUAUGCAAUAAA